AUGUCUCCCAACUACCACCGAUAUCGUGCAAUGCACCGCGCCUUCUAUUCGCACCCAGCAUACGCAGCAUACAGAUACCAUCCUUUCGGAUACCGCGGACCGUUUGGGCCUCGAAUCUUCAUGGGCGGAUUCAUCAAGCUUGCGAUCGUGGGGACGGUCGGCUACUUUUUGGGCAGGAAAAUGACACGGCGAGAGGAAGAGCGGGACUACUACCGGCAGAUGCGGUCUUGCCCGGAGUGUGAAGCCCGCAAUGUAAACCCGAGUGCCGCCGUCCCACGGACGGAGAAGCCGGCCGUUCAACCCGUUCACCCCGGCUCUCCUCAUACCUACCACCACCAUCAUCAGUUACCGCCAAUGUCACCGACUGGAUAUGAGAUGGAAAAACAAGCGCAGUAG